AAGCGGCGGGAGCGGGUUGGACCUGGGCUGGUAGGAGCCCCGCCCCUCCCGCCUCAGCGGAUCAUGACCCGGGCAUCGGCCGCGGAGGUCACGGUGGCGGGGGACGUGGCGUGGCGGGGCCGGUGCUAGAGAUGAUGCCGUUUCCGGUGACAACUCCUGGAUCACAACAGACCCAGCCGCCACCCAAGCACUACGGCAUCUCCUCCCCCAUCAGUUUAGCAGCCCCCAAGGAGACUGACUGCGUACUUACCCAGAAGCUAAUUGAAACCCUGAAGCCCUUUGGGGUUUUUGAAGAGGAAGAGGAACUGCAGCGCAGGAUUUUAAUUUUGGAAAAAUUAAAUAAUCUGGUAAAGGAAUGGAUACGAGAAAUCAGUGAAAGCAAGAGCCUUCCACAAGCUAUAAUUGAAAAUGUUGGAGGGAAAAUCUUUACGUUUGGCUCUUACAGGUUAGGAGUGCACACGAAAGGUGCUGAUAUUGAUGCGUUGUGCGUUGCACCAAGACAUGUUGACCGAAGCGACUUUUUCACCUCAUUCUAUGAUAAAUUGAAACUACACGAAGAAGUAAAAGAUUUAAGGGCUGUUGAAGAGGCGUUUGUACCAGUUAUUAAACUGUGCUUUGAUGGGAUAGAGAUUGAUAUUUUGUUUGCUAGAUUGGCACUGCAGACUAUUCCAGAAGAUUUGGACCUAAGAGAUGAUAGUCUGCUUAAAAAUUUAGAUAUUAGAUGCAUAAGAAGCCUUAACGGUUGCCGGGUGACAGAUGAAAUUUUACAUCUAGUACCAGACAUUGACAACUUCAGGUUAACUCUGAGAGCUAUCAAAUUGUGGGCCAAAUGCCACAAUAUCUAUUCCAAUAUAUUAGGUUUCCUAGGAGGUGUUUCCUGGGCCAUGCUAGUAGCAAGAACUUGCCAGCUCUAUCCAAAUGCAAUAGCAUCAACUCUGGUACGUAAGUUUUUCUUGGUAUUUUCUGAAUGGGAGUGGCCAAAUCCGGUGCUACUGAAAGAGCCUGAAGAACGGAAUCUUAAUUUGCCUGUAUGGGACCCAAGAGUAAAUCCCAGUGAUAGGUACCAUCUUAUGCCCAUAAUCACACCAGCGUACCCACAGCAGAACUCCACAUACAAUGUGUCUGUUUCAACAAGGAUGGUCAUGAUUGAGGAGUUUAAACAGGGGCUUGCUAUCACACAUGAAAUUUUGCUGAGUAAGGCAGAAUGGUCCAAGCUUUUUGAAGCUCCAAGCUUCUUUCAAAAGUACAAGCAUUAUAUUGUACUUCUAGCAAGUGCACCAACAGAAAAACAACAUUUAGAAUGGGUGGGCUUGGUGGAGUCAAAAAUCCGAAUCCUGGUUGGGAGCUUGGAGAAGAAUGAAUUUAUUACUCUGGCACAUGUGAAUCCUCAGUCAUUUCUGGCUCCUAAAGAAAAUCCUGACAAGGAAGAGUUUCGCACGAUGUGGGUGAUUGGGUUAGUGUUAAAAAAGCCAGAAAACUGUGACAUUCUCCGUAUUGAUCUCACCUAUGAUAUCCAGUCUUUCACAGAUACAGUCUAUAGGCAAGCAGUAAAUAGUAAGAUGUUUGAGAUAGAAAUGAAAAUUGCUGCAAUGCAUUUAAGAAGAAAGGAACUUCAUCAGCUACUACCUAAUCACGUGCUUCAGAAAAAGAAGACACAUUCAAUGGAAGGUGUCACUUUGACAGCUCUGAAUGACAGGAGCCUUGAGUUGUCUGUAGACAGUGAAGAACGCACAUUUGUGCCUUCACCUACUAGCAUUAUGAAGACCGGCCCAAUGACGGGCAGCUGUCAGGGCAGAAACAGUCCCGCUCCCGCUGUCAUGGUGGCAUCUGUGACCAAUGUGCAAGUUACUGAAGUUUCCUUGCAACAAGUGAAUCCCAGUGAAAGUGUGGGUGCAUUGGGGGAAAGCAUUCCUCAGACUGCCUCACAACCAGCCCUUUCUCUGCCACCAAAGCCCACCGUUGCUAGAGUUGUCUCCUCAACAUGUCUGGUAAACCAUCCCCCCAGGCCUUCAGGGAGCACUGCAACAAACAUAGCUAAUCCUAUAGUGGGAGUCUAGUGGACAUUCUCACCUCAUCAAGGACCAAGGAAACUAAAAGAAGACGAACAAUCUUAUAAAGAGACAGUAUAACUCCACUAGAAACCACUCAGAUUGUGGCUGGAUGUGCGAAACAUCCAGUACAGAACGUUCCAGUAUCCCUGCUCUCCCUGCAAAUCCUGCUCCUGUUACUAAGAAUUCAGUAAGACAGAUUGAACUGAUAACAACCUCAAGGGUCCAUUAACCAUAUCUGCCAACUCAACCUGUUGUCUUCAGACGCUACAGGAGGAGAACGAAGGGUACCAAACUAGAUUUGACUCAAAAUAGAUUUAGCCUUAUUUGGUAACUUCCUUUACUUGGCUAAUCUUGAUUGGAAGUCCAGGUUGGUAGAUGAAGCUAGAAGUACUAUUAUUAAUGUGUCAGCAGCAGUUAUAGUAACUAUUUUAAAGGACUACUGCCCAUAAAGAGAGGAAAAAAAAAAGAGAAAAAACCCUCCAGCUAUAUUUGUACCCGUGCCUGACAUCUGGACUGGAUUUAUGUUUGAUGCAUUGUUGGGGAAAAUUUGCAAUACAAAUCGGUAUCAGAAUUCCUUAUA